CAUAUAGGCUAUUGUUACAUAACAUCUGUUUGCUGUAGCGAGGAAUAACAAAAUGACAGCUGCAAAUGCAUUCCAGAUAGGCCUACUAAUAUUCUGUGUUAUAGAUUGCCAAGUCCAUGGGAAGCAAGUAAAAGGAAAAUGCGGAGAGGGCGAGUAUUUCGACUCAGUUGUGGACCAGUGUCAAAGAUGUCGGUGUUCGCCAUCAUGGGACGUCCCCCAGGGAUGUACUCAGUACUGUCCUACAGCAGAAAAUAAGAAACGACACGUGUUCAUUGGCCAGCAGUGUGACUGGGGGUGGUACUGGGAUGACAAUGUUGAGGGGUGCGACCCCUGUGCGCCUUACUGCGGGAUGUACAAGUCCAGCAUGCCAGAUGGUUGCAAAGCGUUUUGUUCAAACUACAGCACAGACCAGGCGACUAGCACAACUCCAGUGAUGACAAAAGACCAUGACACUGAAAAGUCUUCAUGGCUAAAAACCAGUGUUGGCAUUGCUGUCAGUGUUGUCGUCGGUGUCUUCUGUGUCGCAGGUUUGAUUGCAACAGCAGCAGUUGCCUGUUGGUGGAUCAGGAAGAAAUGUUGCCGACAGGAGAUCACACUGAGGGAUGGCCUAGAGACUCCUCAGGCCAAGCAUAGUCUACUGAAGGACGAGAAAUGCUGCGAUUGUAAGAACAAAGGUGUUUUAGAAGAAGACCAAACUUUAGCAAAUCAAAGUGAGACCGUUGUAUAAGUAGCAAUAACAACAUUAAGACACACUUAUAAUUAUGUCUUAAUGUAUAAUUGUCAGUAAGAUGUAUUUCUUCAAAUCACAUUAAUUGUAAUAUAAUUAUGAUAUAGGUUUCAUAAAUCUUAAACAUAUCCAUUAAUUAUAAUAUAAGUGUUUCUUAAAUCUUAGAACAUGUCCAUUGUUUUAAAAUGUAACUAACGAGUUGGGUAUGUUUUAUAAACAACGAGACUAUUGCUUACAUCACAGAUCAGAUUUUACUAAAACAAUAUUUACAAGUUAUCGGUGGUCAAAACUAAAAUGACACUACCAAAAAAUUAUCAAAACAUUUCAUGGCCCUUAAUUAAUUUUGAUGAGUAUAAUUUAUAAAUAGUUUGAUUGGCCUUUUUACAGUAAUGUUUAACCAAUACUUAUUCCACACUGUAAAUACUUUCAUUUUAUAUAUUUAGAUUUAGCUAUUUUAAAUUGACGUGUACACCAAUGCUUAUUCCAAAGUGUAAAAUGUAAUAAUUUUGUUAUUAAAUAUUUUGAUUACCAGAUGGACAUAUCCAAUUAAUGUUUAACCAAUAUUAACUUCAACAUUUAAUCAAUUUCAUAAUAACU